AGAUCAAAAAAGCCAAACACCAGCAUAAUGCAAAUAACAAAGCAGAUAAUGAAACAGAUAAUGAAGCAGAUAAUGAAGCAAGUAACAAAGCAAAUAAUAAAACAAGUAAUGUCUUUAAAAAAUUAUUACAAGUAAUUUCAGAA